UUCAUUGGUCCCGACGGUAAACCGCGAUGAAACGUAGCCAAUCAACAUUAUGCUUCAAUUGGAAUAAAAAAAAAAGCAAAGUUUCAUUUCUCUGAUUGGCUGAAUCCCAUGUGAUCUCCAUGCAUUGCCAUGUCUUUCAAUUCUUUAAUAUGCAUGUCAGGUUAGACUUAUCUUGUGCACCUGAUCUUUAUUAACAUCAAUAUUAUUUUUAACUCUGCAUUAUUAAGUGGAACACAUCGCAUUAUCAUUUUCAGAUUCCUCCGAAAAAUGUGCUUUUGAAUAUAUAAUCCAGCCUUGACCCAUCAGGUCUGAGAAACGCCGCGGCGCAACCGUCAGAUGUAGAAACUAGAAACAGUAUCGCGAAAUUCAACGAAAUUCUAAUCGUAUCUCAAGAACAUGCAUGGUUUGCAUUUUUCGGAAUUUUUUUAGCGAUAGGAGUUUGAGAUAUUCAGUGACAUGGCGAUGUUUAAUUCGUUCCGCUUGGCACGGAGCAAAUUUGCAGCGACCGGUUUUAGACGUUUAUGGACUUCUAGGGCUUUGCUGGCCGAUCAGUUUGAAAAUAACAAUAGAAAAGCGGAAUCACAACAAUGUACUCAUGAGGAGAAUGAUGAGGAAUAUGAAAAAAAUAUUAAGUUAAAAAUACUUGGCGCUUCUUUAAAAUUUGUUCCUGACAUGGGAUGGAGCAAACAGGCUAUUAGUGCUGGUGCUGAAUCAAUUGGAUAUCCGGGUGUGAUACAUGGAUUGUUUCCAAGAGGUAGUGCGGCUUUAGUGGAGUAUUUUUAUUCUAUGUGUAAUCGGGAAUUAAAUGAAAUCCUAAAAAAAGAAGUGGAUUCUUCAAGUUCGCAGAAAACACCAGAACAACAAGUUCGUGACGCUGUAGAAACACGGUUGAGAAUGGUGGUUCCCUACAAAAAAACCUGGCCACAAGCAAUGGCUAUUAUGUCUCUUCCACCGAAUGUACCAACUGCUUUAGCAAAUUUAUUAACUUUAGUCGAUGAUAUCUGCUACUAUGCCGGCGAUAGAUCGGUUGAUAUUAACUGGUAUGCCAGGAGAAUGAUACUAGCGACUAUUUAUAAAGCUACUGAAUUGUACAUGUUGCAAGAUACAAGUGAAGACCACAAAGAAACAUGGUUGUUCCUAGAGAGACGACUAAAGGAUAUUUUACAAAUACAGACAAUGCUUUCCAGUUCAGUUAAGCCAGAUGAAGCUUUAAAUCGAGCUACAGAAACAGCUUCUGCUGUUUUUAUAACGGUAGAUUAA